AUUAGCCCCAAACAACGAAAAGGAGGUAGUAUAAUAAAGCUUAAAAAACUUAAGAAAGAAACCCUUAAAUAUCCUCUCUCAUUAUUUCAUUUCAUUUGUUUUGUCUUCCAAAUGUUGUCUCCCUCAGCUGGUGAAGACACCGGCGGCUACGGCAACACCAAAAUCAAAACCAAAAAAGCUUCUUCAUCUUCUUCUUCAUCUUCCACUUCUUCAUCUUCUCCUGCUCCAUUUUCACCUUCAGAUUCAAAUCUCCAUUACCAAACCAGUAACAAUAACACCCAACAAAAAUCUAAAACUAUGGAAGAAGUUUGGAAAGACAUUGCCUCUUCUACCGAUCAUCACCAAGACCUCUCGAGACUCCACAACCCUCCAUCUAAUUUCAUUCUUCAAGAUUUCUUUUCUAGACCUUCAAGAAUAGUCUCCGCCGCCACCACUCAUGGUACAGACACUAUCAUCACUGCUCCGCCACCUCCGGCGACGGUUCUCAGCUUGAACCCUUCAGCUCCUUCUUUUGACUUUCUUGACAACUCCGAUCCUCUAAUCAUACGGCCCACUUCUCAUUUUCAUGUCUCGAAUGCGGCCAACCCUUUUGAAAAUUUAGAUACAUCCACUGGUUUGCCUUCUUUUGUAAAGAAAAGGGUUCAAGAAUCUGACGGUAGCUCGUGUGAUCGCCGCCAUAAGAGAAUGAUCAAGAACAGAGAGUCAGCUGCCCGAUCGAGAGCAAGAAAACAGGAACUAAACUGUCUCUCUUUUUAUGCUUACACUAAUGAGUUAGAGCUAGAAGUAGCUCAUCUUCUUGAAGAAAAUGCAAGACUCAAGAGACAACAAGAAGAGUUAUACUUGGCUGCAGCUGCUCAACUACCUAAAAAGCACACUCUUCAUCGAACGUCAACGGCUCCAUUUUGAGUAGUGUAAUAUAAUGACUGACUGCUUUCAAUUUUUAGGUAAUCUAAGUGAGUCUUCUUUAACAUUAGCAUAGUUCCUUUUGGGGUGAAAUGAGAAAGAAUAGGGGAAGAAAGGGAAAUAAUGAGCUUUUGUGGGGUUGUUUUGGGUUAUUAUUCUCUUUGGUUUAUGUUCAAAGUGUAUUUUUUUUGGCAUGAUCCAAAUUAGGCAUAGGCUGCAACAUUUUUCUUUGGUGGGUCUUGGCAAAUUUGUAUAUUGUUGUCACUUUGCUCCCUUUAAAUUAAUAUCUUUAUUAAUUAGUCAUUUCAA